CCCCUUUGGGAGCUUUCCUCCGAAACCCUCCCCACGCCCUCGGGAUCGCCGAGGGACCGGGCCGGAGACCUUCCUCCUGACCCCACACAGGUCUUCCCCGAAGCCCCUGAAACACUCCUGGGCCUCGCGUAUGCCUGAGAACCCCCCUGAGACUACUCUCCUCUUUAGCCUGCUCCAGAGACCUUCGUGUGUCCCUACAGUUUUACGCGCAGACCCCCGCCCUUUGACCCCCCCCCCCGUUGCCCAUCCUUCUCCAAUAUGGAAAAAUGUACUGCGGAGGCCGCUCGUGUAUCUCAGAUCUCUCCUCCAGGAACCUCCCUCCUAAGUCCUAAAAAGCUCCCUCUGAGACUCCCUGAAAUCGCCCCCAGACCUCUGAGUACCUCAAAUCUUACCGGGAGGAGUCUGGAGAGGUGUGGCCUGACCAAGACUUCCCCCAAUGUGAACAGGCUCCCUCCCCUCACCACCUGUUGGCAUCACGCCAGGGAACAUCCUCAAGCCCUGGCCCUCAGGGGGGAGAUAACAGGAGCCCAGAGCCGAGACCAUGUGACGGCGCUGGCCCUUGCCAUCGCCGUCCGCCCCACCCUGGCCCUGGGCCUGGCACCAUGAUGUUCCGAGACCAGGUGGGCAUCCUCGCUGGCUGGUUCAAGGGCUGGAAUGAGUGUGAGCAGACAGUGGCCCUGCUGUCGCUUCUGAAGCGGGUCACUCGUACCCAAGCUCGCUUCCUGCAGCUCUGCCUGGAGCACUCAUUAGCCGACUGCAAUGACAUCCACCUGCUGGAGUCAGAGGCCAACAGCGCUGCCAUCGUCAGCCAGUGGCAACAGGAGUCCAAAGAGAAGGUGGUGUCCCUCUUGCUAUCCCAUCUGCCUCUGCUUCAGCCAGGCAACACAGAGGCCAAGUCUGAGUACAUGAGGCUACUACAGAAAGUACUGGCCUAUUCAAUUGAGAGCAAUGCCUUCAUCGAGGAAAGCCGCCAGCUGCUCUCCUAUGCUCUCAUCCACCCAGCCACCACACUGGAGGACCGCAACGCAUUGGCACUCUGGCUGAGCCACCUUGAAGAACGAUUGGCUGGUGGCUUCCGUACCCGGUCAGAGCCCUCCUACCACUCACGCCAGGGUUCUGAUGAGUGGGGGGGCCCUGCAGAGCUGUGCCCUGGAGAGGCAGGGCCAGGCUGGCAGGACAAACCACCCCGGGAAAAUGGACAUGUGCCCUUUCACUCAUCCAGCUCAGUGCCGCCAGCCAUCAACAGUAUUGGGAGCAACGCAAACACAGGCGCUGAUAAAACAGAACAGGACAGUGGCAGUGAAAUGUCAUGUGUUGAGGGAAUAGCUGGGACCCAGCUCUCUGAUACCUGGUGUGCAUCUGUUACACCUAAGCCUGUUUCUUCCCCGUUAAUAUGGAUAUCCUGUCAGCUUGCUGGUCUCCCCUGCCAAAUCCACCCCAGCCCACUAAAGCGCUCCAUGUCACUCAUCCCAACAAGCCCACAGGCUCCUGGUGAGUGGCCGAGUUCUGAGGAGCUCGGUGCCCGGGCUCCUUUCACCACACCGGACCACGCACCCCUCUCACCCCAGAGCAGCGUGGCCUCCUCUGGCAGUGAGCAGACAGAGGAGCAGGGCUCCAGCCGGAACACUUUCCAGGAGGACGGCAGUGGUAUGAAAGAUGUGCCCUCAUGGCUCAAGAGCCUCCGCUUGCAUAAGUAUGCUGCCCUCUUCUCACAGAUGAGCUAUGAGGAGAUGAUGACACUGACUGAGCAGCACCUGGAAUCCCAGAACGUCACCAAAGGGGCCCGCCACAAGAUAGCCCUGAGCAUCCAGAAGCUGCGUGAGAGGCAGAGCGUGCUGAAGUCCCUGGAAAAGGACGUUCUGGAAGGUGGGAAUCUGCGGAAUGCUCUGCAGGAGCUGCAGCAGAUCAUCAUCACCCCCAUCAAGGCCUACAGUGUCCUUCAGGCUACUGUGGCUGCUGCUGCCGCCACCUCUACUGCCAAAGAUGGGGGUCGAGGAGAGCCUCUGCUACCAGGUGCUGAGCCUCCCCUAGCUCACCCUGGCACAGACAAGGGCACUGAGGCCAAGGACCCUCCAACUGCAGAGAGCUACCCCCCUCCACCAACUCCAGCUCCCACUGAUGGCAGUGAGCCAGCCCCAGCUCCUGUUGCUGACGGAGACAUCCCUAGCCAGUUUACAAGAGUGAUGGGCAAAGUGUGUACCCAGCUUCUGGUGUCCCGACCAGAUGAGGAGAACAUCACCAGUUACCUCCAGCUCAUCGAAAAGUGCCUGACUCAUGAGGCUUUCACUGAGACACAGAAGAAGAGGCUGCUAUCCUGGAAACAGCAAGUGCUGAAGCUCCUCCGGACGUUCCCACGCAAAGCUGCUCUGGAUAUGCAGAGCUACCGGCAGCAGAAAGGCUGGGCAUUCGGCUCCAACUCACUCCCCAUAGCUGGCUCUGUGGGGAUGGGGGUGGCCCGGCGGACCCAGCGACAGUUCCCAAUGCCUCCCCGGGCCCUCCCACCUGGCAGGAUGGGCCUCCUGAGCCCCACAGGCAUUGGGGGCGUCUCCCCUCGACAUGCCCUUACCAGCCCCAGCCUUGGGGGCCAGGGCCGACAGAACCUGUGGUUUGCCAACCCCGGCGGCAGCAACAGCAUGCCCAGCCAGAGUCGCAGCUCUGUGCAGCGCACCCACUCACUUCCGGUCCACUCGUCACCCCAGGCCAUUCUCAUGUUCCCUCCAGACUGCCCGGUCCCUGGGCCUGACCUGGAGAUCAAUCCCACCCUGGAGUCUCUGUGUCUGAGCAUGACAGAACACGCCUUAGGUGAUGGGACAGACAAAACCUCCACCAUCUGACAGGACCCACAGCCCAGCGCACCCAUAGGCUCCCUGGGCGGCGGGCGGGGGCCAGCCCCCAAUGGGCUUCUCUGCAGCAGUGAGAGGGUGGGCUGGCUCAGCUAUACAUUCUAAUAUUUUUCUAUUCUCUCACCCUUUUAACUUUUGUUUAACAUUGGUACACACCUUGCUCACUCCCAGGCCCAUUGAGGGAUCUCUGCUGAGGCCAGGGCACAGGGGGCAGCCAGGACAAGGGCAAAGACUGGCCCAGCUGCCUUUCUCCCCAUCCCGCCACCUGGCCUUGUCCCAUCCCUGCCUCCUCCAGACUGCUGACUGCUACUCCCCAAGGGAGCAGACUCCCCAGAGACAAGCUGACUGUUGCCCUGUGAAGCCUGCUCGGGAACCUUUGACAGUGGGGGAGGAAUGAGCAGGGUAGGCAGCUGGCUCGCCCAGGAUGUUACUGGAGAGGAGCUGGGAGAAAAGGAGAAUGAGGAGAGGGAUGGUUCUCUCUCUGCUCCCCUCUGUCCUUCCCCAUUCCCGUCAUUCCCAAGGACAGGAGCCACUUUCUUACCCUGUUUAUCAGAGGUUCUCUACAAUUAAUUUCUUAGGCCUAUUUAAGAUACAUAUUUAUAUAGUUCUUAAUGGUUUUUCUCUCUGAUCAUUCCCUGUCAUUUUUAGAAUCUCUAGGCCCCUCUCUGAGCCAAGACAGUGGCUGAGGGAGCCUGGACUUUAUGUGGGGAGAGGGCAGAGCCCCCUCCUCCAGACCCCCUUCCUCUUCCCCAUUUCCCAUCCCUGGCUCCCAGGCGCAGAGGUUGGUGGUGGGCAGCCAGCGCAGCGGUGAGGUCAGGAAGUCUGUUGCCUUA